GAACAAUCUCGAUCUAGCUCUUGUUCCGGACAGCUCUAGAAGGUUCGAUCUGUGUUGGUAAGGAUAUUUUAACUGUUGCCUUCAGACUAAGUGAUUCAUUAUUUUGAACUUCAAGAGUACGACGCGACGGUGUAUACUUUGAUCGGCGUAGAACGUUUUAUAGUUUAAUAUAGAGAAGAAAAUUGAUUUAUAUCUGUAACCAUGGUGAAGGAGACAAAGUAUUAUGAUAUUCUGGGAGUUAAACCUUCCUCUACAGAGUCAGAGCUGAAGAAAGCGUACCGGAAACUUGCCAUGAAAUAUCAUCCAGAUAAGAACCCAGACGAGCCAGAAAAGUUCAAACAGAUUUCCAUGGCUUAUGAAGUCCUGUCUGAUGCCAAGAAACGCGAAAUUUAUGACCAAGGUGGUGAACAGGCCAUCAAGGAAGGCCACUCAGGUGGUGGGUUUUCGUCUCCAAUGGAUAUCUUCGAUAUGUUCUUUGGUGGUGGACCACGUCGUCGGCAGGAGAAGAGAGGCAAAGAUGUUGUACAUCAACUCAGUGUCUCAUUGGAGGACAUGUACAAUGCUGCUGUUAGGAAACUAGCUUUACAGAAGAAUGUUAUUUGCCAAAAAUGUGAAGGAAGAGGGGGCAAAAAGGGAGCAGUUGAGAAAUGUACAAAUUGUCGUGGUUCAGGUAUGCAGGUGAGAAUACACCAGAUUGGACCUGGAAUGGUGCAGCAGAUCCAGUCCAUGUGUCACGAGUGUCAUGGUCAAGGGGAAAGAAUUAAUGCCAAGGACAGGUGUAAAACGUGCCAAGGAAGAAAAAUAGUACGGGAAAGAAAAAUACUAGAAGUACAUAUUGAUAAAGGAAUGAAAGAUGGUCAGAAAAUUAUUUUCCACGGAGAGGGCGACCAGGAGCCUGGUCUGGAACCUGGUGAUAUUGUUAUUGUGCUUGAUGAAAAGGAACACUCUAGAUUUCAACGUAAUGGUGUCAAUCUGAUAAUGAAACGAGAUAUUGAACUCGUGGAAGCCUUGUGUGGAUUCCAGAAAACUGUCAAAACUUUAGAUAACAGAACUUUGUUGAUUACAUCACAUCCAGGUGAGAUAAUUAAGUAUGGUGAUAUUAAAUGCGUAAUGAAUGAAGGAAUGCCUAUUUACAGAAACCCGUUUGAAAAGGGACAGCUAAUUAUCCAGUUCACAGUGAAAUUUCCUGAAAAUGAUUUUAUUCCAAUUGAGAAAUUACCAGAGCUUGAAAAACUUCUCCCAGAACGAGAAGAAGUGAUUGUUACUGACGAUAUGGAGGAAGCUCAACUUGUUGAACUUGACCCCAGAGAAGCUCGUUAUGGACGCAGCGGUAAUGCGUAUGAUGACGAUGAAGAAGAUGGCCCACAUGGACAGAGAGUACAGUGUGCAUCGCAUUAACAUUUUAAAGUCCAACACCUUUUUAACACCUGUGUACAUGGAUGCCGAGUAUAAAAACAGAGGCUAAUAUUGUACGUGUGCAUUUUACUCCGCUCAAAUCUUGUUGUACUUGUAUCUCAGGAAACAAUUGCCCGAUUUGAAAUCGAAAAUCAAUACAGAUUUGCAUAUUAAAUUAAAAUUGUUGCACAUUGCCCCCUCAUUUAAAUUUUUAAAGACAAAUAUGAAAGUUCGUGCUCAUGAAUUUUCCUGAUUUCAGUUUGUUUUUGUAAUGCAUAAACAGUAUUCGUCGCAUUUAGUGUACAACUCGCUUUUUUUUUUACAUGUCAAAAGCUUUAAAAAAUAUUUAGGUAAUGUAUGGCUUUAUUAAUAUUUGCACGCAAUGUAACUGCAUUGUGCUAUGUAUCUUAAUGGUUUGAAUAAAUCAAGUCAGUACAUGUAUAAAUCUGGUCAUAAAACGGCCACUGUACAAAAUUCUCACGCAAGUAUUUACCCCCCCCCCCCUACAGUUUUUUUUUUUUUUUCCCCCACAUUGGUUGCAACGUUCAUUUUUAUCAGCCUUUAAAAAGUGUAACUAGCAAUUUACGUUGUCAAUCUUCCUAACUCUUACAAUAACCUCUUUAUUUUAAAUUUAGUAUGAUUUUUAAUUUUACCUUGAAUUAUGAAUGUUCAAUUUUGGCAAGUACCAGAAAUAUUGCUUUUGUUUUAACAACGUAAAAUGAUGUGAAAACACUAAUUAGCAUCUUUUUAUGACGCAAGUGUGUAUGUAUUAUUUUGGUCUAUGAUCAUCCACCAAUCAGAAUACUUGAUUUACAUUGACUUGGCCAGAUAAGGGUUAACACAUGCGUUUAGCUUAACAGCACUUUUUCUGUAAUGAUAUUGUGAUUUAAUCGGUUCAGAUUAGCUGCGAACAUUACCACUUUGGUUUGUAAAAAAUGCGACUAUGACAAUACUAAACUUGAGAAACCAAGUGGUCUAUUUCAAUAAUACUGCAAUACAUGUACAUAGUUUUGACGUCUAAAAGUGUUUUCCCCAUUUUAGUGGUGUUUUUGUACAUUGCUAAUUAAUUUGUUGAGACUUUAUUAUUUGAAUAUAUGUGAAUUUUAAAAUGGAAUAAAGUACUGCGGCCAGCGGAUGAAUUAAA